GUCAAGCACCUACUAUGUGCAAGAUAUUACUGUGCUCAGAACUGGACACUAGGUUAGGUGCUCAAUCAAUAGUUAUCAUCUAAGGCAGGAGUUAGCUACUAGCUGGCUAAAUGCUACUGUAGUGCACAGGAUAAAUCCCUGGAGGAAAGAAUAGUGAGUAGCAAUACCAAGAGGGAAGAGAGAGAUGCUAAGAAGCCUGAGAAAAGGUGCCAAAGACAAAUUUCUCCUCCUUAGCAAAUUUGUUAGGUUUGUUUUUCCUUCACUGGCCCUCUUAACAUUGCUGCCUUGACCUCUGAAGUCUGAUAAAUUUCCUACUGAAAUCCAAUUCAAAAUAAACAGCCAAGUUCUUUGUAAGUAAGUGUCUUGUUCUUUGUAAGUAAAGUACUUCCUCCUUCCUUUUCCUGAUCCUUUUUUCCUUUUCACUCAGGGACCACAUCUAACCUUUUCAUUUGGGAUUCAGGUCAGGAAGCUCCUCAAAGUCCUCUUCCAUGAUACUAGGUCAGUAUUUGUGUUUCUUCUGUAUCCUUCUGAUAGUGAAAACAAGUGUUAUUCCUUUGCCUCUUUCCAUUGAGAUCCCUUUCAGGGAGCAUCCUCCCUCCAUUUAACCAUUAUUUUGUCCCUUUCUCUUUGUUCUUCCCUAAACCUGCCUCUUUUGUUCUCUCAUCCUCUAAUUCAUUUCUUGCUUCUCACCCUUUCUUCUCCAACUUUUCUUUCAAUAUAAUCCUCCUUCACCGCUAUUUGAUUGUCAUCAGUUUUCAAGUACAGUGAUUUUUUUUCAAAUAUUUUCAUUUUACAUACCUCCCUGAAGAAACUCAUCCUUCUUUUCCCCAUAAAGACUUCUUCAAAUUUACUGGAAUUUUGUUUGAGUUUAGGGUUGUUUGACACACGUGAAGCUUUGGAUGAGACUGUGAACUCAGAGGAUAGUACAGAGAAGGGGGUAUGUGUGGACUGGAGCCUUCAGGUACAAAUUGUGGAGAAAUUAUAAUUGAAGAGAGAAAAAGGCUAUUUGGAAGAUUAUCCUUAAGGCAAAAGAAAAAAAAUUCCUCUGUAGAGCUCUUCCUAAAUGCAUCUUUUGGGUUUCAGUUCCUGUCUGACUCAUCACCAGUACCUCUCCACUGUCAGAAAUGAUGGAGAUGAUGGCUUUCCCAGCCUCCUCAAAGCCCAAAUAUCUGAUUUUCUUCUUCUUCUUCUUCCAGUUGCCCAUGAUGGACUCAGCUCGGUUUGAUGUGAUUGGACCUAUUGAACCCAUCCUGGCCAUAGUUGGGGAAGAUGUUAAUUUACCCUGUCACCUCUCACCCAAUAUAAGUGCCAAGAACAUGGAGUUGAGGUGGUAUAGAAAUAAAAUCUCUCCGGCUGUGUUCGUGUAUCAGAAGGAAAAUUAUCAAGAAGAAGAGCAAAUUAAAGAGUAUCAAGGGAGAACAACAUUUAUUCAAGACAAUAUUACUGAGGGCUACGUGGCUGUGACUAUACACAAUGUCAGAGCUUCUGAUGAUGGACAAUAUCGCUGCUUUUUCAAAGAUGACCAAAUGUAUGAAGAAGCUAUUAUAGAGCUGAAGGUGGCAAGUCUGGGCUCUGAUCCUCACAUCCAUAUGGAAGCUUAUGGGGAUGAAGGCAUCCUCCUGGAAUGCACAUCAGUUGGAUGGUAUCCAGUGCCCCAGGUGCAAUGGAGAGAUGGAAGAGGAGAGAUAUUACCACUUUUGUCAACAUCCCAGACACUUAAUGGAGAUGGCCUCAUUACUAUAGAUGCCUCCAUGGUUAUCAGAGACCCUUCUGUGGGAAGUGUAUCCUGUUCCAUUCGAAAUCCUCUCCUCAAUAUGGAGAAGGUGGUAAGGAUUUCCAUACCAGGUCCCUUCUUUUCAAAGUUUUCUCCUUGGAUGAUGUCUUUGGCUGUGAUUCUUACUGCUCUUGGACUUCUCACUAUUGGGGCCAUAUUUUUCAUAUGGAAACUAUAUAGAAACAAAAAUAGAGAAAAAGAGAAUAAAUCCUGCAAUAAAGAAAAACUCCAGGAAGAAUUAAGAUGGAAAAAGGCUCAGUUACAUGCAGCUGAUGUAACCCUGGAUCCAGACACAGCUCAUCCCCAUCUCUUCCUAUAUGAUGAUUUGAAAUCCAUCAGGUUGGAAGACUCACGACAGAAAUUACCUGACAAGCCAGAGAGAUUUGAUUCCUGGCCUUGUGUAUUAGGCCGUGAAGGCUUCACCUCAGGGAAACAUUACUGGGAAGUAGAAGUGGGAGAUAGAACUGAUUGGGCUAUAGGAGUUUGUAAGGAAAAUGUGGCAAAGAAAGGAUUUGAUCCCAUGUCACCCGAGAAUGGAUUUUGGGCUGUGGAGCUGUAUGGAAAUGGAUAUUGGGCUCUUACUCCACUUCGGACCCCACUUCCUCUAACAGGCCCUCCUCACCGUGUAGGGGUGUUUUUGGACUAUGAAUCUGGAAGCAUCUCCUUCUACAAUAUGACCGAUGGAUCACACAUCUACACUUUCCCCCAAGCCUCCUUCUCUGGAACUCUCCGGCCUUUCUUCUGCCUUUGGUCUUGCGGUAAAAAGCCCCUUACUAUCUGUCCAAUAUUUGAUGGACCUGAUGAAGUCACUGUCAUUGCUAAUGUCCCUGCCCCUUCUAAGGAAAGCCUAGUUACCCCCACAAAUGAAAGAUCAACUACUGGGGAUGCAGAUACUCUCCACAGGUCCAAUUCAAAAUUAUUCCCAAUCCAACCCAAUAAUGGAGCCCUGGAUCAUUAGGAGCCUUUCUAUCUUCCCUUCCAUUUUCAUUUUUCCUCUCCUGGGCCUAUAACUACCUACAUUACCUGGUUUAUCGAUUGCUACCCAUGGGACAAUGAUCAGGCUUGGGAAAUCUAUGUUGCUUCUUCCGCAAAGGAUGAGGGAUAGGGAGAGGGACAUAAAAGAGACAAAUUUUAAAACUGCUUUUGUAAUAGUAGUUAGGGUAAAGAUUUUUCUAACCAAUUGCUAUCGGGUCAGCUGGCUAUUGAUAAAGGAGAGUUGAGGGAGUGGGUCAUAUAAUAUCGCCUAAGAGAAAUAAAGAAGUUUUUGGUACUAUGAAUAGGGGAGCUGUGAAGGAUAAGGAUUAAAAUAGCAAAGAGACCAAAUGGUACUUAGAGGAACUAGAACAAGGAAGAUCACAAGUGAAGAGGUUGAGUUCAUAGAGCUAUACUGAAAGGGAGACAAAGGUGGAUGAGGAAAGAAAUAUGCAACGAAGGCUCUGAUGAGGAAGAGUAGGUACCCUCAGUGGCAACAUCGUCAGUCAUUUCCUUCCUUUAAAAUUUUCUGCCUCCAAAACCUUUCUGCACCAGGACUGACUGUACUAUCCUACUGUCUUAAUAGGGAGAAA